AUGGCCCGCGGCCGGGAUGCUCUACGGCGUGCUUUUGUCGAGCGGAUCGUAACGGUCCCGCCAGUGUGCUUCGCGCAGCUGCGUUCGGAGCAGCGUGACCAGUUCAUGAGGCUCCAGUGCAGGACGAUGAGAUCUGUGCAUGCACUUUCUAGUGAGUUCAAGGUCUGGAUUCUGGCUGAGAUCCCAGAGCGUCUUGCUAUUCUCUCUGUCCUUUGCAGCUGCAGUUACGUGAAUUCGCCCUCCACAACCCCUGGCCUGUCCCUGGCUCGUCACAUUUCCCAGUGCGGGUUUGAAAAGAUGUUGCCUUUGGAGAAGGCAUUUGCCACCCCUCGGGGCUCCCUAAUUCCCCCAGAACUGCCUCUGCUAGGAUCAGCAGCUGAGGACCAGGAGGAGGACCCCAAGACUGUCCUCGGGAGGGACCUUGAGUUCUCCCGCCAGCAUUUCCGGAACUUCAUCUACCAGGAAGCGGCUGGACCCCACCAGGCCAUGACCGAGCUCUUUGAGCUGUGCCGCCAGUGGCUGCAGCCCGAGGUGCAUUCAAAGGAGCAGAUGCUGGAGCUGCUGGUGCUGGAGCAGUUCCUGAGCGUCCUGCCUGACAAUGUCCGGCCCCUGGUGGUGGCACAGUGUCCUGAGAGCUGCAAGAAGGCAGCCUCCCUGGUGAAGGACCUUACCAAGGCCCUGGAAGAGCCAGGUGGGCCUGCGAGGGCCAGUGAAGACCUGGAGCCCAGCGAGACCCAGGCAUCCCCUGACAACUCCUGUCCCUCUCCAGACCCUGUGCUUCUGGAACAGGGGAACAUCGGCAACAAGAAGACUGAAGAGGCCAAGCCUGCAAAGGUCGAGCCGAAGAAGUUGACAUUUCCGGAGGUGCCUCUGUACCUAGGGGAGUGGGGCCACCUGGACCCGGCGGAGGAGAACCUGAAGACCUUCCGGAAGCUGCUCCUGUGGGGGUUUCAGCUGGCCCAGCCUGAUGAUACCUGCAGGCUGGAGAUGGAGGAGCUCCGGUUAGUUGAAACGGAACCACCGGAAGGCAGCUUCUCAGGCGGCAGGAGGUGGCAGGAAGGUAGAGAGAACAUGUGUGAGACGCUGAUGGAGAGGAUCACGAGGGAAAUUCUCGUUUGCCCCCUAACGGGAGCCGCCCCAGAGGAGGAGCAGCAGCUGCAGAAGGCUCUGGAUCCUCAGGAGGGGGAACCAAGCCCUGUCACCAUGGCCCACAGGCGGUCAGUCAUCCGGGAGCCAGCCCAGGACAGGGGCACAGCCGGGGAGAGUCCCGCGGUGCCUGUGAUGCCAGCCACCACGCGCCAAGGCCUUGGGAGAAAGAGGCCCUGCCCAAAGGAUGUGGGUGGGCAGGGCCCUGAGUGUGUCUCCCGUGUGAGCAGCCACCUGCCGUGCCACGUGAGAGAGCCUGGUGCAGCCAGCCACAGCGCAGGGUCCCUGGCUAGGCCGGACCAGGAUGGUUCUCCGGCAGUUUGCCCUGCUGCUGAGGAGCCUGGGCUGUCCCGCGGGAAGCCCUAUGCGUGCAGCGAGUGUGGGGAAACCUUUGCAUGGAUCUCACACUUUAUCGAUCAUCUCAGAAGCCACAGUGGCAGGAAGCUGUACGCAUGCCCGGGCUGCUGGAAGACCUUCCACUUCAGCCUAGCCCUGGCCGAGCACCAGAAGACCCAUGAGAAGGAGAAAUUAUACACAUUGGGGAGGGCCCUGGGACCCCACCCUGCAGCCUGUGGAGCCCAUGACAGCGGGAGGCUCAGUGGGCGCAUGGGGUUUGUGGCAGGCGAUGUUUUCCCUGUGCACUCGGAGGCACAGAGAUGAGCCACUUGCUCAAAGUGUCCCUAGAGGACAACUUCACCCGCCUGGGAUUCCCGAGUAAUGUAUCCGGUCCUUCGAAACCCUUGCGUGGCUUCUUUGCAGUGUCUGUGUGGACGUGAUCUGUUUUCUCAAUGAGCUAAUGUGGCUAAAGCGCUUAGAACCCAGGACGGGCCCUCGGGAAGCCCUUGUCUCCUUGUAAACACACCCAUGUAGACGCCCACAUGCAAGCACGAGCGGUCAGGUGUGAAAGAAGAUUCCCUUUCUUCCAUAGCCAUUUUAGCACCACCCUUGCAGUGGAAUGUUUGUCAUUGUGCUAAGCGUAGAGUUGCCUUAAAGGGUAUGAUCUGCCAGCUCUUGCUGAAGUCAGUCUUGUCUCUGCUCCUCCUGUUCAUGCUCCCCAGGGCUUCUGCUCAAGCUGUUUGGUCCUUUCAUAAAUACCUGAUGUCAAGCUCACUUCUGAAUCCUCACUAGCAGACUCUCCUAGUUAAUGCACGCGUCUGCAAGUGUGGAGUGGCUUAACUGAGAUCACAGAAAUGCUUGCAGCCUCGUUACAGUGUUUUCAAACCACGCAUCUCUGCCCAUUAGUGAAUUGUGAAAUCAAAUUAGUGGGUGGCCACCAGUGCUACAAAGCAAUGAAGUAGAAUUAAAUAGGUAAAAAUUCAUCAUGUAGUAAAGGCAGAUAUUGUUUCGUGAAACUUCUCAGCCAUGCAUCUAAAUACAAGAGCAGCCUGCAAAGUACGAUGGAUUUCUUGCACAGAGGAUGGAGGCUCGUGAUCAGAGCAGGUGGAAGACACCAGUAGAGGUUGAUGAGAUGUGACUGUCUGGACAGGUGAAGCGUAACUCCUCGGGCUGCCUAAGGUGACUUUCUGCUUUGUGUGUAUAAUCUGAUUGCAGCAUUGUUUCUUUUGCCUGAGCAUAAACUUUAACUGCUUCUUAUAGAUAAACUGGUGCCUCUUUUUUGUCAUUGUGUUUGAGCAGGCAGUCUGUUGUAAUGAUGCCCAGAGCAGCAGCUUAAAGUAAUAAAGGAUUUUUUUCUCGCA